GGGAGGCACACCCGGGGCUGUUCGGUUGUUAUUUCUGGUUUUGGGCCGGGGCUGAGGGGCUGAAAGAUGGAGACUGUCACUAGAAGCAGCUUCCAGCCGCAUCCCGGGCUGCAGAAGACCUUGGAACAGUUUCAUCUGAGCUCCAUGAGCUCCCUGGGUGGCCCGGCCGCCUUCUCCGCCCGCUGGGCGCAGGAGAUGUACAAGAAGGACAAUGGCAAAGACCCGGCGGAGCCCGUCCUCCACCUGCCCCCCAUCCAGCCCCCGCCGGUGAUGCCGGGCCCCUUCUUCAUGCCCUCGGACAGGUCCACGGAGCGGUGCGAGACCAUCCUGGAAGGGGAGACCAUCUCCUGCUUCGUGGUGGGUGGCGAGAAGCGGCUCUGCCUGCCCCAGAUCCUGAACUCCGUGCUCAGGGACUUCUCCCUGCAGCAGAUCAACUCGGUGUGCGACGAGCUGCACAUCUACUGCUCCCGGUGCACGGCCGACCAGCUGGAGAUCCUGAAAGUCAUGGGCAUCCUGCCCUUCUCGGCCCCUUCCUGCGGGCUCAUCACCAAGACGGACGCCGAGAGGCUCUGCAAUGCCUUGCUCUACGGGGGCACCUACCCGCCCCACUGCAAGAAGGAGUUCUCCAGCACCAUCGAGCUGGAGCUCACCGAGAAGAGCUUCAAGGUGUACCACGAGUGCUUUGGGAAGUGCAAGGGACUCCUCGUGCCAGAGCUGUACACCAACCCCAGCGCUGCCUGCAUCCAGUGCUUGGACUGCAGGCUCAUGUACCCGCCUCACAAAUUUGUGGUCCACUCGCAUAAAUCCCUGGAGAACAGGACUUGCCACUGGGGCUUUGACUCGGCUAACUGGAGGUCCUAUAUCCUCCUCAGCCAGGAUUACACCGGGAAAGAGGAGAAAGCAAGGCUGGGCCAGUUCUUGGAUGAAAUGAAAGAGAAAUUUGACUACAGCAACAAAUACAAGAGAAAAGCACCCAGGAUCCCUUCGGAUCCUCCUGCUUCCAAAAAGCCCAAAAUUGAUGACUCUACUUCCCAGUCUCCAACUUCUGCCGAGAAGGAAAAGCAGUCCAGUUGGUUACGGUCCUUGUCUAGUUCAUCCAAUAAGAGUAUUGGUUGUGUCCAUCCCCGUCAGCGCCUCUCUGCUUUCCGGCCUUGGUCCCCUGCUGUUUCAGCAAACGAGAAAGAGCUCUCGACACAUCUUCCCAUACUGAUCCGAGACGGUUUUUACUCCUACAAAAGUUUCGAGAACGCUGUGGCCCCCAACGUGGCUCUUGCCCCUCCUGCUCAGCAGAAGAUUGUAAGCAGUUCCCCAUGUGCCACAGUGGUGUCACGGAGCAGUGAGCCAAUGAGCAGCCCGGUCCAGCCACGGAAAAGGAAGCUGACUGCAGACAACCCAGCAGUCCCAGACACAGUGAGCACCGUCCCUGCUACCGAAGAGGACAAAGAGUCAGAAGCAGAGAUUGAAGUAGAAACCCGGGAGGAAUGUAAGUUCACCUCGUCCCUGUCCUCGCUCUCCUCCCCAUCCUUUACUUCGUCCAGCUCUGCGAAGGACAUGAGCUCACCUGGCAUGCAAACCACGGCCACUGUCAGCAACUCCUUUGAGGUUGCCACCCAUGCUGAGUCUCACAGCAGCGGGUUGGAAGCUGAACUGGAGCAUCUAAGACAGGCCCUGGACAGUGGCCUGGAUACUAAAGAAGCCAAAGAGAAAUUCCUCCAUGAAGUGGUUAAAAUGAGAGUGAAGCAGGAGGAGAAGCUAAAUGCUGCCUUGCAGGCUAAACGAAGCCUGCACCAGGAGCUGGAGUUCCUGCGCGUGGCUAAGAAGGAGAAGCUGAGAGAGGCAACCGAGGCAAAGCGCAACUUGAGGAAAGAGAUCGAACGUCUUAGAGCUGAGAAUGAGAAGAAAAUGAAAGAAGCCAAUGAGUCGCGGAUACGACUAAAGCGGGAACUGGAGCAAGCCAGGCAGAUCCGGGUGUGUGACAAAGGAUGCGAAGCAGGCAGGCUGCGGGCCAAGUACUCUGCCCAGAUUGAGGACCUACAGGUUAAGCUUCAGCAUGCCGAGGCCGACAGGGAACAGCUCCGAGCUGACCUGCUGCAUGAGAGGGAGGCUCGGGAACACUUGGAAAAAGUGGUCAAGGAACUUCAGGAGCAACUGUGGCCUAAAUCAAGCAAUCAUCCCAGCAGUGAGAACACAGCAAACGACAUUGAGAACUAAACAACAUCUAAUCCAUAAACAGAAUGACAUAUAUGCACAGUAAGGGAGGAUGUGUGGGGAGUGUGUGUACGUGCAUGUGUGAGUGGGUGUGUGUUGCUCUGCACACAUCUAUAAAUAUAGACUUUAUUAUUAGUUGGAGGGCAAAUGUUACUCUUUACAACAGAAGCACUGACUUACGCCUCUUUUUUCAAUCCAUAUAGCACAACAUCUUACUGUGCCUAUACCACACAGAGUGUUUAUAAACUAAAUACUUUUGAGUCCACUGCAAAUUUUCUACUGGCAAACUUCAAGCAAGCAGCAUCGUCCAACUCAAACCAGAGUAGAAGGCAAGCAACCAUGGCAGUGCUGUGACAUUGUUCUUGUGCUUGCUGGAACACUUUGGAAUGUCAAACAAAAACAAAAAACCCAACAAACUUUUUGUUAUAAGCUAUUUAAAAUUAUUACAUUAUACAGACUUGGUAUUAAAACAAUUAACGAGAUUUUUUUUUUUUUUAUAUAAUGAACCUU